CAGCGGCUGGGGGACCUCCUGGCCGACUACCUGCUACCGCAGGACUUUCCUCACUCGGUGGCCCCGCAGUACAGCGACUACAUGCGGGCCAGGAGCGUGCAGUACUUCUUCGGAGGCGCCAUGAGCGUGUUCACCACCCGCAGCCUGCUGGCCUCGCUGGGUGUGGCCAACAAGCACAGCAGCGAGGCGGCGGCCGCCAUCAACUGGGUAGUCAAGGACGGCGCGGGGCGGCUGGGCCGCUUCCUGUUUGCGCGCUGGGGGCGCGAGCUGGACUGCGAGCUGAAGCAGUUCAGGCUGAUGGGGGAUGUGCUCAUGGAGACGGGGGCCGCGCUGGAGCUCAGCACGGUUCUGAUGCCGCGCAUGUUCCUGCCGCUGGCCUGCACUGCCAACCUGGCCAAGAACCUGGCAGCGGUGACCGCCUCCUCCACCCGCGCCCCCAUCUACCGCACCUUUGCCAAGCAGAACAACCUGGCGGAUGUGACGGCCAAGGGCGAGAGCGUGGCCAACCUGGCUGAUGUGGUGGGCACCGCCUUUGGCAUCGCCCUGGCCAAGGCCAACCUGCCGGUGCUGCCCACCUUUGCCGCGCUGUCGGUGGGAUACCUCAUCGCCUCCAGGCGUGAGGUGGACUCUGUGGUGCUGCCAUACCUGAACCGCGCGCGCCUCUCCUACACCACCCGCGCCUUCUACAGCACAGGCAGGGUGCCCGAGACUCUGGAGGGGAAUUACCGGGAGCCGCUAAUGCCGUGGAGCGACCCACACAACGGGCGGGUGGUGCUGGGGGCGACGGUGGAGGAGGCGUGCGCGGGGCCGCAGCAGCUGCACGACGCGCUGGCGGCGUUCUCGGGUAGGCAGUACGCUCUGACGUACCGCCCCGACACCCGCAAGUGCUAUGCGCUGCUUAAGCAGGGCGCCAGCCCGCGGUCGGUGCAGCAGGCCGCCAUGGAUGCCCACGCCCUGCUGUGGAUGCUGGACCAG